CGUGAUGCUUAGCGAACCCAAAUUGAACGUUCGGCAAAAGAAAACAUUUAUAAUUUUACACGCUCUGUUUUAAAGAGUAAAACGCACAAAACAAGACAUUUCAAUCGGAAUAGACACCGCUGAGAAAAAUAUUUCAACGGCGCUCAAGGGGAAGAGUUUAUCAGGGCACGGCAUCAUGGAUCAGGACUAUGAGUGCAGGCUGCUCAGGCAGAUCAACAUUCAAAAUGAGAAUGCAAGCCCCAUAAAAGCUGUAGAAGCGGUGCGAGCUCUGACACCCACCAGCUCCCCCCUGUCCUCCCCUAGCAAGCAUGGUGAUCGCUUUAUUCCCUCCCGGGCUGGAGCCAACUGGAGUGUCAACUUCCACCGCAUCAAUGAAAUUGAAAAGUCACACAAUCAAAACAGGAAAACCAAAGAUGGUACAACAGACAGCAACAAAGCGGAUGGUCUGGCUUACUCAGCUCUGCUGAAGAACGAGCUGCUAGGAGCGGGCAUAGAGAAAGUCCAGGACCCCCAGUCAGAGGACCGCCGUCUGCAGCAGUCCACUCCUGCCAAGAGGAGCCUUUUUAGUUAUUCUGUAAGUGCGAAGAGGGCUCUGCCAGAAGAGGAUGGAAACACAGUCUCUCCAUAUUCUCUGUCACCUGUCAGUAGCAACAGCCAGAAACUGUUACGGUCGCCAAGGAAACCUACACGCAAAAUAUCAAAAAUUCCCUUCAAAGUUCUGGAUGCUCCAGAGCUUCAGGAUGACUUCUACCUCAACCUAGUGGACUGGUCCUCUCUGAAUGUGCUCAGUGUUGGCUUGGGCACCUGUGUCUACCUGUGGAGUGCCUGCACCAGCCAGGUGACACGUCUAUGUGACCUUUCUGUAGAAGGGGAUUCUGUAACAUCAGUGGGCUGGUCAGAGAGGGGUAACCUGGUGGCUGUGGGGACUCAUAAGGGCUAUGUACAGAUCUGGGAUGCGGCAGCAGGGAAGAAGCUCUCCGUACUAGAGGGACACACAGCCAGAGUAGGUGCUUUGGCAUGGAAUGCCGACCAGCUGUCGUCUGGGAGCCGCGAUCGGGUGAUCCUGCAGCGCGACAUCAGAGCCCCACCUCUCCAGUCUGAGCGCCGUCUCCAAGGACACAGACAGGAAGUCUGCGGGCUCAAGUGGAGCACAGACCACCAGCUGCUCGCCUCAGGUGGAAAUGACAACAAGUUACUUGUGUGGAACCACUCCAGCGUCCUCCCGGUGCAGCAGUACACGGAACACUUGGCUGCAGUGAAGGCCAUCGCCUGGUCUCCCCACCAGCAUGGCCUGUUGGCUUCCGGAGGCGGCACCGCUGACCGCUGCAUCCGCUUCUGGAACACUCUGACCGGCCAGCCCUUACAGUGCACAGACACCGGUUCUCAGGUCUGCAACCUGGCCUGGUCCAAGCACACUAACGAACUGGUCAGCACACAUGGUUAUUCCCAGAACCAGAUCCUGGUGUGGAAGUAUCCCUCUCUCACUCAAGUGGCCAAACUUACUGGACAUUCAUACAGAGUACUCUACCUGGCCAUGUCCCCUGAUGGAGAGGCCAUUGUGACGGGAGCUGGAGAUGAAACACUUCGGUUCUGGAACGUCUUUAGCAAGAUGAGGUCCACUAAGGAAUCCGUAUCAGUGCUGAACCUCUUCACCAGGAUCCGGUAGUAAGCACACCUCUGUACUGUGAGGGAAUAAAGCUGGGAAGGGAAUUUUUCUUUGCAUGCAUCAAGCUGUAAAUGGGCCCCUUCUUUGAGUAUUCACCUCAGUAGUCUACAGAGGCCCCCCUUCGAUUGCCCUUAGUUAUUUAGCCAAGUUGUAGCUGGAGGUGGGAGGGAGCUGGAGAGGUGCACAACCUGAGUGUCGAGGGCAGAGGAGAUGCAUACGUUGGUACAGUAUUCCACUUCCUCCUGAAUGAUGGAGCCACUGCCUCCGCCAGCAGACCAGAGACCAGAAUUUUUGGCAUUGUUUCUUUCCCUGUGUGAUUUAUGUUUUGUUUACAGACUGACGUGCUUACCUGCCAAAUAUUAAGUUUGUCCCUUUGAAUGUCUAUUUAUUUUAAUUUGUUUUGGGUUUUUUUUACAUAUUUUUAACAUAUAUUCUUACUAGUGUGUUUGUUUCGAAGGCGUGUCCUUUUAUGUGCAUAACUGCAGUUUUUUUGGUCUUAUCUGUGGAAUUUGGCUUUGUUCACGAUUGCAGAAAAAUCCAAGUUUGUCUUUUCAUUUUACUGAGAAAUAAUGUUUCAUGUACACUGAUAACAGAUUACAUAAUCCUGUGCCGUUUCGAGAACAGUUAAUGUUUAACAAGGAUUGGAUGAAUGGGCCUGAUUUUCUUUUUUAAAAUCUGAUAUUAAGUACAUUUUAGUCUAAUGAUAUUGGCUCAUUGUUUCAUAAUCUCUCAAGAAAAAUGUCAUAAUGUGGUACGGCACAUCUUAGAAUAAAUAUCUGGCAACACUGUACAUUAGAAAAAUUGCAAAUGAGAAGAUUUUCAUGUAACUUUUCCCUUGUGUUGUUUCUCUACUUUCUUAAAUGUAAAAUCAGGCGAGGAAAUUUGGAAUGAAAAUUUUGGCUCAUUUUGGCUUAUCAGUGUAGUUUGUAACAGCAACUCAAGCAGACGGUGAAAACAUUUGGGAUUAAAUCAGUGAAAUAUUGUUCUGUGCAGAGCUUCUGCUUUGUGCUGCGUCUGCUAAGAUAUUCAAGCUUAAGGCGUUUGUCUUUUGCUUCACACAAUUUCUGUAUUGAGCACUCAUGCUCUUGUACUUUUAUUUUUUUUUUUUAAUAUGAAAAAAAGAUUUCAUAUCUGCAACAUUUCCCCAGUUUGAAUGUUUGAGUCAACAAGUGUGCCACAUUUAAAUGAAUGCUAUUUAUUUGUGUUUUGUAAAAAGGUUCUUGUACAGAAAUGGCAUGUUUGUUUACUAAUGUUAUCUGAGGGAAGUUGAUGGGCAGUUUCUCUGCUAAACUAUAGAAAUUUAUUUUAAUGCCACUUCAAAAUCAAGACAAUGCUGCCAACUUGAAUAACAAAAAGAAUGUUAAAAAAAUAUUUCUGUACCGAGAGAUAAACAUCAAUUAAACGAUCAUAUCUUGUA